GACGAGCCCGCGGCGCGCCGAAGGGUGGCUUUUUUUUGCAGUACCUGUGAAUGUAUCGAAGAGCGGGCAGCGUAUCGCAGGUACCGCAUCGCAGGUACCCUUUCGAACGACCGGACUGUAUCGUGGAAAAAAGAAAUAGUGAAAAAAUUUUUUACGAGAAGUUAUCUUUACAAAAUUUCUCGUGCAGUUUGAAGUAAACAUAUAUUAAAAACCAUCAUGUGGGACGACGAUCCUGCGCCGUGGGAUACUGAGGAAUCUGCCCCCGAAGCAGCCGCUGAGGGUGCUGCAGAAGGUGCGCCUGCCGAAGGAGCUGCGCCUGAAAAGCCGGUCCUAAAAUUGGAAAAGAUCGAGCCACCCCAUUACAAUCAUCACUGGGUUCGACCACUGUUCCUCAACUACGCGUAUCUUUACGAUUAUAGGAAGAAUUAUUACGACGACGUGAUCGAUUACUUAAAUCAUAGGCAGAAAGGUUUAUACCGCGAGCCGCCUAGAGCUCAGGAAUGGGCGGAAAGAGCCUUGAGGACUUAUGAUCAAAAGAACAUUGACAAGAGUUUUAAGAAAUCGGCCGAUAUGAAGUACAUCACUGACAUGGACCUUAAGUGCAGACAUUACAGCUACCAUACUCGCGCCUAUUAUAGUUUGAAGUAUCAGAAGAUUCUGUGAAUUCAUCAUCCGUUUUGUUAAAAGCUGUUAAAAGGCAGUCAUCAAAACAAUUUAAAUUUCACGUAUUUUUGCGUACGUAUAUCGUCAUGUGGAGCAUCUUUGUCAAUAUUCAUGUUUUAAUUCCUUUUUUUUUUAAUUGAAUCGGAUACACAUCAUUUCUAUUGUCAUUUUUACGCAACUCGGUAAUUUUUAUUAGAUAUUUUCUAUAAAUUAGUCUUAUGUAGAUAGUAUUGUUAUUUCUAUGUGAUUGAUAACAUUGAAAAUUGAUAACGCAUAUGAUAACGUAUUGGAGCAAACCAUGUGAUAUAGUGAUAUAUUUAUGUAUUUAAUCGGUAUAUGUAUAUUUAGCAUUGGAAACCGGCAUUGUAAAAUACACUUUUACAUUUGAACGUCAAAAA